AUGUUCGAGAAGGUUGCAAGGAAACACUGGAUUCUAACUUUAGGCAUAGACGAAUCAUGGAGAGAGACGCAGAGCAUAUCGCCUGAAAUUUUCUAUUACUUGCCCGGUGUUUGCAUUAAUGGAUUCAUCUAUCGGUUUAUCUAUUGGUUUGCUAAGGAUAACAGACCUGUCAUAGCUGCAUUUGAUAUCAAAUCUGAAAAGCUCAAUAUUCUUGCAUUGUGGAGUGCAUCUCAUCACUGUAUCGAUGAUUACAAGCUUAUAGAGGUGAAGGGUAAAUUAGCCGUCAUCGAUAUUGAAAAAUGGUUAAGUGGAUACAUCCGCUUGUGGAUUUAUGAAAACACUCAGAAAGAAGAUCGACGGAAGAGUCAUGAACCACAAUUGUCUCCUCCAAGAUCAAAAAAACAAGAAGCUGGUUUCAGUAAUUCCCUGUCCAAAACCGAAAGUGAAUGCGAUAACAAAUAG